AUGCGCUCCUCUACCCUCCUCUCAACCGCCCUCCUCUGCGGCAUCUCCCUCGCCCACUUCGAAGUCAAGUAUCCCGACUCCAUCGGUUUCAAAGACGACGACGAGGGCGAGUCUCCCUGCGGCGGUUUCACACCUGACCUCUCCAAGGACAAACUCGUUGACUUUCACGUCGGCGGCGAGGCUAUUGCGCUUCGAUCUACGCAUCAGCAGGGCAAUUGGCUUUUCCGUGUGACUCUUAACGAGAAGGCUGAUGGCGAUUGGGAGCAAGUCUUUCCUAUUGUUCAGCAAAGCGGUCUUGGUGAUUUCUGCCAGCCUCAAGUUACUGUCCCCGAGAAAUACGCUGGCAAGAAGGGCUGGGUGAACGUUGUAUCCUCCGCCGUCGACGGUCUUCUCUACCAGUGCAUCGCUGCCAACUUCGUCAAAGGCAAAGCCGAUCCUCCCAGCGACUGCAAGAACGCAACCUCGGUGAAAGCCGCCUUCACCGAUGAUGAUAAACUCUCUGCGCUCGUCGGCAACGGCUCAAAGGCCGAUUCUUCAUCAAGCGGCACCGCUACAGGCACCGCUACAAGCACCGGCUCAGCUGCAUCCUCGACAACGAGCGACAACGCGGUCGCAGCGCUGCAGGCUUGGUCAGCAAACGGCGUUGGCAUGAUAACUCUAAUGACCAUGGCGUUUGCCGGAGGAGCUCUACUUAUUUAA